GCAUCUAUUGAUCUUUUAAAAUAAAAGACCAGCAAGUACCUACCCUGAAAUUACAGAGCCCGAUGCAGGUUUCUUACCAUCGACUUUCAACUGUUUGAGGGGUUUACAGCACCUCAUUAUGGAGGAAAUGUGUGAGGUUAAACUAAGGUUUAGAUAAGGGAGAAGGGAAGAAAUGGAUAGUGAAUGGGAAGUGAGUGUAGUUUUGUAAAGAUAUUAACUUUUUUUCUUAAAAAAUAGAGUUCAACUUGGGAAAAAAGUGAUGGACAGCAUAAUAAGUGCCAUGUGGAGGGGCCAUAUGUGUGAAUUAAGUAUGCUUGUGUUUGUAGGAAACUAGACCAAAUCCAAGUAAACUUAGCUACCAUAGUUGGAUUGAAUUUUUGGAUGGGAAGAAUGAUAGGAAACAAUUUCCUGUUACAUCCUUGAUUAUCUCAAUAAAUUCAACACAUUUUAGUCUCAAUAAGUGGACCCACUUUUUUACUAAGUGGACAGAUUAUAGGUGAUUGCUAGAAUCACUACAAAACCAUUGUUAGCAGUUAAGAAUUUUCAUUGUCUGGUUCUCAAAAAUAAAGUUAGCACUCAGAUUUUCAGAAUUGGUGUCUGACUGGAUGCAGAGUGAGAGGAAUUUAUUUUGUUUGGAUGUGAAAAGUUAUACAUGUCUGAAUAUAGUUUUGGGUAAGCUAUUGAGUCUCUCUUUUUGUUUUGGUCAAUUACAGCAUGUUUAGGUGUCCAAUGGAAAUGGAGUCUUUCUUUUCUUUUUCCAAUAAUGAUUGAAGGCAUAGCUUCUUGUACUGGAGUUAUUAUGAAAACUUAAACCCAAAUGUCAUUUUAGGACAUCUUUUUGUAUAGGAUUUGCUAUGGAAACUUCAAGCCUAAUGUGAUUUUAUGAAAUCCUUGAUAUGAUUUUAUGCAUGCAAGGAACUUGGCUCAUCUUGAACAUGCACGUGCACAGAUGUGCGUUCUCUCGUGUGGAAUUAGAUCACAUGCAUGUAGAAUUAGACUUGUCUUAAAUGCAAUGAAAACUCAAAACAGGCACUUUCCUGAUACUUUGCAAAACAUAUGCAGUCAUUUCAACUUCACAAGUUGUCCAGAUCAUCAGAAGCUUGCAAGCAUGUGCACGCUUGUGUUGUAGCAUUAGACUUGUGCUAAAUGGUAUGAAAAACCAAAACAUCUCCACAGGAGGUCCAGAUCAUUAUAAGAGAUAAAAAAUUGGAAACCUGUAGUAUGUUUAAUUGUUUAUUGUAGAAGUUCAUGAAGUAAUGAAGUUUGGUUAAGAGUCAGUGCUGGACAAACAUCGGAGGAAGGUAUGGAAAAAAUCUCCUUUUGUUUGUUUUGAUGCAUUUGGAGAGAGUGUGAUUCCUAGAGUUUGAAGGAGGAAGAGCUUCUUGAUAAAAAAUUGAUGGGGAUUUUUGUUAAAUGAGUGUGAGAAUGAUAUAGAAUAGCUUCAGGGUUGGAGAACUGUCCAAUGUUUAAUUCCAUAGAUAGUGCACAUUGUGCAUAGUUGGUUUUUUGUUUUUUUGUUUUUUUGUUGAGUGUCUUCUGUUAUUUCUCUCUUGGUGUGUCUGGUAUACCCCUUGGAUACAUAGAGUGAGCCCCUUUUUUAAUAUCUUUUGCUUGUCUAUUAAAAGAAAAUUUUCAUUAUUUUGCAAGUGAAAAAUUAUGCAUAUGGCUGAAUAUAAUUUAGGUGAGCAAUUGACUCUUGUGUUCUGGCCACCUUUGUCCAGUUCACCUAAUGUUUCAGUUACCCAUGUUUGGAAGUCCUGUGGAAAUGGGAUUCUUUCGUUUCUUAUUCCAUAACAAUGGAAAGCAUAGUUUUUUCAUGGGAGUCAUUAGGAAAGUUUGAAGCCAAAUGCCAUUUUAUGAAAUCCUUGAAAUGAUUUUAGGCAUGCAAAGUCUGAUAAAAAAAAAAAUUUUAGGCAUGCAAAGGACUUGUUUCAUCUUGUGCAACCCUGUAUGAAUGUGCACUCACAUGCAAGUGCAUGCUUGUGUAGAAUCAGGUUGUGAGCAUGUGUAGAAUUAGACUCGCCUUAAAUGCUAUGAAAAAUCAAAACACACAUUUUUCUGAUGCUUUAUAAAACAUAUCAAGUCACUUCAUCUCCAUUGUUUGUUCAAACCAUCAGAAUGGCAGUAGAAUAUGGAAAAUCUGUAGGAUAUUUAAUCUAGAACUUCAUUGGAUAUUUAAUUAGAAAUCGCAGGAUAAUUAAUAUAGAAGUCCAUAAAGUAAUGAAUUUGGUGAGACAAAUUAAAUAUGAGGUGGAUCAUGACACAAACAAUAUUAUUAGCAUCUUUAUUGAUUCUGUUUCACACUCUUUGUGCUUCUUUGAUUUUUCCUCUGCUGUUUUCCUCUCAUUUGUGCAUCUUUUUUAAAAAACUUUCAAAUGACAUUUCCAGAUGUCUUCUCUCUUCUCAAAAAUCCAGUUUUUCAAAGAGGCCCAAUAGGAUGCUUCAUCUUGUUCCCCUAUCCCAACAAGAAAAAGGGGAAAAUUUAUAUUGAACAAUAGUUUCAAGAGUUAAUGUAGUAUGUAUUCUCGGGCCCCUAUGUGAAAAUUUCUGGAUCCACGCCUGCUAAUGGAAAAUGAACAUGAUGAUGAUUAGAAUUCCAAAUGGUAAAUUUAAAGUCUCUACAUUGUGUCAGCUCAUCUUUUGGGGGAACAAAAUUAUGGCUUACUUUGCUUGAGGUUGGUGCUGGUUGCCCUGUGCUCCUUCUCAUCAAGAUCAGUUGGAUCCAGGCAUCGCAGCUGUUGAUCCAUGCCAUUUUGUCCAGACCAUCGUAAUCAUGUUUAAAGGUAUGGGAACAAAGGUGCAGUGUAAAAGCUAUUUGCCAGGAUAUUACUCCAUGAGGGAUCUUAAUGAGGAUUCUAACAGUGGUGGCUGGCCCCUUUAUUAUGGAGAUAAAACAUUGACAAAUGGGCAAUAUUACAAUGGGUUCCUGCCAAGGGCCAUUGCAGAUGCAUAUACUGGGUAUGAUAAGGAUGUACUAAAGCAAACAAUGCUUGAGCAUGAGGCCAUAUUCAAAGAUCAGGUCCAUGAGCUCCACCGCCUUUACAGAAAACAAAGAAACUUGAUGGAUGAAAUUAAAAGAAAGGAACUGCAUAAGCAGAGGGUACCUGUUGAGACAUCAUUGUCAUCAAGCCCCUUAUCAUCUCAAAUGCCAUCUGAAGAAGCUCGAAAAUGGCAUAUCCCUGGCUUCCCAUUGAUAAAUUCUGUUUGUGCUAGUCCAUCUGUUUCAGGCACUGAGAACAGUCAUCACCCUUUGAGUUUUAUAAAAGGGAACAGUUCACCAGCUGGUCCUGUUCAAUUCCAAAACGGAGGUUGUUCAAAGGAUUGUGAGGUGCUGGAGUCCAGGCCCACAAAGCUUAGGAGAAAAAUGUUCAAUCUUCAACUUCCUGCUGAUGAAUACAUCGAUACUGAAGAAGGGGAACAGUUUGGUAACAAUAAAGUGCCUGAUGAUUAUCCUCCUAAUGAAAAUUGUAAGAUUGCUCCAGAAAGUGGGAUAAAGCUGUUUCUUGGCAGUGAUAGGAAGACUUGUCGACAAGAAGAUGUUUCGAAAUCUAAUUUUUGUUUAAGGAGCACAAAUGCGUUGGCUGACCUGAAUGAGCCUGUUCAGGCUGAAGAAGCAAAAGAUCCUGCUUCUGUUGAUUUUCUAGGCCGUCCCACCUGCCAUGGGGAAACUCAAGAUCAGGAACUGUCUGCUAAGCCCAAGUCAGAGUUUCUAGAUUUUCCAAAGGGAAGUUUACAGAACUCCCAUCAUGGAAGUGACAAUGGGACUUUGAACAAUCUAUAUGGGCAGAGCAAAGGAAAUGGGAGGGAGUGGUUGCCCUAUAUGCUGGAAGCAGGGCACGGUAAAAGUAACCCAAAAUCUAAUUCACAAGGUCUCCAACCAGAAAAGUUGCCUAGACCUUCCCAGCCAGGACAAGUUAUGCUUAACAAGGCCCAUGAGCCUCCAGCAUUUCUUCUCACUGAUCAAAACAAGGGAGAUAUGUGGAGGGAAAGGACAUCGUCUGGUUUAGAAAUCUCUGAGAAAAGUCAAGGUCUCUCAAAUUAUAACCAUGCAGAACAGGCUGUCUCUUCUCAUUUGCCCAGUCAAUGUCAAUUUGUCUUUUCCUCUGAUUUGGCCAAGUCUUGGUCUCAUUCAGUUUCAUCGUGGGAAAAGAUGAGCAGUGGCCUCAGUCAGAAGUCAAUGUCAAUUCAAACACAGCCGUUUUUAACUUCACCCACUACCCUGAGUAAGAGUUUGCAGUCAUCAGCCCAGAGUCAUGGGAUUUUUGGACACAAGUGGCAUCUUGACAGCAAUUCCAGGUCAAACCCUGGUUUUGGAAGUGAAGUAGCUAACCGAAAUGGAUUUUACCAUGGGUCCUCAUCUGGGUCCAAGGAACUACCAAUUGGUUUUACAUCAAUUGGCUUUGACUAUUUGAACUGCACUAAUGGUGAUAGUGCAGUCUCUGGACACUUAAUUGAAGGUUCUGCAAAGUACUCCAAGGGUUCCAAUUGCAUGGAUGUGAAGUCUGCAAAAGAUAUGAACUUGAAUAUGGUGCUUUCAAACAGUUCAUCCAAUGAUGCAGUUCCCCGGCAAGGUCUUGAAAUCAUAGAUGGGGAAAAGAAGCAUGAAGACUACAUGCCAGCACUGCCUUGGCUCAGAGCUAAAGCUUGUAAGAAUGAGGCCUCCAAUGUGUGUGGUGGUUCAGACAAGAUGGAAUCAAGUUUUUUUCAGUCUUCUCUUAGUCUGUUGUGUGACAAAAAUAAAGCUGAAAAGGGUCCUAGUCAAAAUCUGUCUCAGAAUGUUACAUCAGCUGCCUAUGCCUGUGAUGUUGAGGCCAAGGAGAUUGAGAUAAGUGACUGCCCAAGGAAUAGAAAAAUUCUUGGCUUUCCUGUUUUUGAGAAGCCUCAUGUUUCUAACAAUGAGUCUUAUUCGCUUACCUCCCCCUCUGCAUCCCUUCUUUACUCAUCUGAAGGUCAGGACAUUGAAAAUAAUUGGAAAAACAGAGCACUUGAUAUUAACUUGCCUUGUGAUCUUGCAGUUCCUGACUUGGGCAAGCAGACUCCUGCAGAAGUUCUGAUUAUAGAGAAGGGAGCACAUUCUAAUGUUGCCUGUGUUAGAAGUCACAUCGAUUUGAAUUCUUGUAUAACUGAGGAUGAUGCUUCAAUGACUCCUGUUCCAAGCACCAAUGUGAAGAUUGCUUUGGAGAUAGAUCUGGAAGCCCCUGUAGUUCCUGAAACCGAGGAAGAUGUUCUUUCUGGGUUGGAAUCUAUAGGAAAGCAGCAUGAUUCACCUGUACAAUCACUGCCACACAAAGAUGAUGGCCUUCUGGAUGAAUUUGCCAGAAUAGCAGCAGAAGCAAUUGUUGCCAUCUCAUCAUCUGGCAACUGCAGUGACCUGGAGAGCCCCACUCACUACCUCUCGGAAGCUCCUUUGAAGGACUCCUCCCUCCACUGGUUUGUGGAGGUAAUUUCUUCUUGUGCAGAUGAUCUUGAUAGCAAGUUCGGUUCAGUUUUGAGGGGCAAAGAUUAUGUAGAUAAUGAGGAACCCGGUGGAAUUGAUUAUUUUGAGGCAAUGACAUUGAAAUUGAUAGAGACCAAUGUAGAUGAAUACUUGCCUGAGCCUGUAGUUCCAGAAAACUCAAAAGUGGAAGAAACUGGAACUGCUUUAGUGCCAAAUCGAACCCGAAAGGGGCAAGCUAGGAGAGGGAGGCAGAGGAGGGACUUUCAAAGGGACAUCCUUCCUGGCCUUGCUUCUCUUUCAAGACACGAGGUCACAGAAGAUCUUCAGACAUUUGGGGGGUUGAUGAGAGCCACUGGACACCCUUGGCAUUCAGGAUUGGCUAGAAGAAACGGCACUAGAAAUGGGGGCGCAAGGGGCAGGCGGAGGUCAGUGGUCAGCCCCAACACCGAGGUGGCCAUUACCACAGACGUGGCCAUUACCACAGUGUGCAGUCCAUUGGUGCAGCAGCUUACUAAUAUUGAAAUGGGACUGGAGGAUAGAAGCCUAACAGGGUGGGGGAAGACCACUAGACGGCCCCGUCGUCAAAGAUGCCCUACAGGUAACCUUCCACCCCCUUUAACUUAAUCAUGGGAGGAUGAGGCUAUGAUAUAUGAAUUGAGAAUCUUAUAGAGGAACUAGGGAAAGUAGGGAGUUGGUUCUAUGGCUUUGGGGAGUGCAGUCAGUUGUUGUGAGCCCAUGGGGAUAUUAUAUUGCCUUUGUACAUGCCAUCCUAGCCCAAAAUUUGGGUUCCCUUGAUUUUCUGUCUUUGGGUUACCAACUUUGUAUUAUUCAUAAAUAAUGUUGCAUGAUUUCUUUUGGGAUA